UGUAGCUGGACAGCAGGCAGUACAGCUACUUCUGGAUACAAGGGUGUAUCAGCCUGUUGGGCAGAAAAAAAUCACUUCUGAUCGGCGCUCAUCAUGAACUUUACCCCAGCCGACAUUCCACUCCUGAUGGUCUUCCUUAUGAUAGCCGGGGACUCAGCUGACAGGAACCUUCCCAAAGCUCCACAGAUCAGCAGCCCUUUGGAGACAGUGGAUGCAUUGGUUGAGGAAGAAGCCUCUUUCCUGUGUGCGGUGGAUUCAUAUCCAGCAGCCGAGAUAACUUGGACCCGUAAUAAUAUUCCCAUAAGACCCUUUGACAUUCGCUACAGUACAAAAGAAAAUGGCCAGAUACUAACCAUCCACAGUGUUGAAGAUACAGAUAAUGGAGUGUACUGCUGCACUGCUAACAACGGCGUAGGGAGUUCUGCUCAAAGCUGUGGUGCCCUCCAGGUGAAAAUGAAGCCAAAAAUUAUUAGGCCACCCACUGAUGUCAGAGCUUUGCUGGGAUCGAAGGUCGUGUUACCUUGCAGUACCAUGGGGAAUCCAAAACCAACCAUUUCAUGGAUCAAAGAUGAAAAUGCGCUGAAGAAGGACCAGCCUCGAACUUCAGUGCUUGAGUCCGGGAACUUAAGAAUUCGUACUGUUCAGCUUGAAGAUGCAGGAAAGUAUCGGUGUUUGGCAAGAAACAGCCUGGGCUUCGAGUAUUCCAGAUCUGUGACUCUGGAAGUACAAGUCCCUGCAAGAAUUGUAAAGGCGCCCACAUCACAAAAUGUCAGCUUUGGUUCCGAAGUGACUCUGCAGUGCAAAGCUACCGGGUUUCCAAUCCCCACCAUCAGGUGGUUGGAGAACGGGAGAGCAGUCCCCAAGGGGUCAAUGCAGAAUCGUAUCAAGGGAGAGAUGGUGGAGUCUAGGCUGCGAGUUUAUGUUACUAGACCUUCGCUGUUCACUUGCUUGACCACCAACAAACACAGUGAAGGAAGUUCCACAGCAAAAGCCACUGCUACUGUGGAUAUCAUAGAAUGGAGAUUGUACAAAGGUGACUUGGGCUAUUGCAGCACAUACCAUGGUGAGGUAUGUCAAGGUCUCCUGGGGAAAGGCAAGCUGGUUUUCUUCAACUCUUCCUAUGCAGAUGCCGAGGGUACUCAAGCGAUGAUGGCCAGGAGCAUGUGGACAGAGUUGGAUGGAGUGAGCUUGCUGUGCAAACCAGCUGCUGAGUCACUACUCUGCCAUUUCAUUUACCAGGACUGCAAUCCUUCAGGAUUGGGACCUACUCCCAAACCUGUAUGCCGUGAGCACUGCCUGGCAGUGAAAGAGCUUUAUUGUUACAAAGAAUGGCUCUCAAUGGAGGACAGUUCACGCAAGGGAGUUUACUCUGCAGGUCUGAGUCUACCUGACUGCCAGAAGCUUCCCAGUAUACACCAUGACCCGGAAGCAUGCACCAGAGUUUCCUUUCUUGACAUGAAGAAAGGACUCAUUACCAGGAUGUGCUACAGUAAUAAUGGGAGGUUUUACCAGGGAUCGAUGAAUGUCACAGCAUCGGGCAUACCCUGUCAGAAGUGGAGCGAGCAGAUUCCCCAUUUCCAUCGGAGGCUGCCAGAGGUAUUUCCUGAACUAGCAAAUUCCGACAACUUUUGCCGUAACCCAGGAGGCGAGAGUGAACGACCUUGGUGCUAUACUAUGAAUCGAGACAUCCGGUGGGAAUUUUGCAACGUGCCUCUAUGUGUGAAUGUAACCUCAGCAUCAGGAGCGAACCCGAAAGCAGACACAGCAAAUAUGCCCAUCACUUCUGCCACUUACUCCCUGACCAUCAUCAUUUCCAUCAUCUCAAGCCUUGCAGCCUCCGUCCUGUUAAUAAUUACAAUUUUUGCUUGCCACCGUCGCCAGAAGGAAUGGCAGACUAGAAAGAGUUACAGAGGAAAUGAGACCCCGACUCUUGCAGCUCUUCCUUCAGAGCUGCUUCUGGACAGACUUCACCCCAACCCAAUGUAUCAGCGUCUGCCUCUUCUUCUCAAUGCUAAGCUACUGAGCCUCGAAUAUCCAAGGAAUAACAUAGAAUAUGUGCGGGAUAUUGGAGAGGGAGCCUUCGGAAGAGUGUUCCAGGCAAGAGCCCCUCAUCUGCUGCAGCACGAGUCCUCCACCAUGGUGGCUGUGAAGAUGCUGAAGGAAGAAGCGUCACCUGACAUGCAAGCGGACUUCCAGAGAGAAGCAGCCCUCAUGGCAGAGUUCGACCACCCAAACAUCGUCAAGCUAUUAGGAGUGUGCGCCAUUGGAAAGCCAAUGUGCCUGCUCUUCGAGUACAUGGCGUACGGUGACCUGAACGAAUAUCUGCGCAGGCGGUCACCAAGCAGUGGCCUCACGGUCAGCCACAGCAGCUGCGCUGAGUGGACCACGGGCCCGGGUGGCCUCCUGGCACCCCUCAGCUGCGCCGACCAGCUGAAUAUCGCCAAGCAGAUCUCAGCCGGCAUGAGCUACCUGUCAGAGCGCAAGUUUGUUCACCGGGACCUGGCAACCCGGAACUGCCUGGUCGGAGAGAAUCUGGUGGUGAAGAUUGCUGACUUUGGCCUCUCCAGGAACAUCUACUCCGCUGACUAUUACAAGGCCAACGAGAAUGAUGCCAUCCCCAUCAGGUGGAUGCCUCCAGAGUCCAUAUUCUUCAACCGCUACACCACAGAAUCUGACGUCUGGGCGUAUGGCGUGGUCCUUUGGGAAAUCUUCUCAUCCGGCAUGCAGCCCUACUAUGGAAUGGCGCACGAGGAGGUGAUUUACUACGUCCGAGACGGCAACAUCCUGUCCUGCCCCGGGAACUGCCCGCCGGAGCUGUACAACCUGAUGCGCCUCUGCUGGAGCCACAUGCCCUCAGACAGGCCGAGCUUCGCCAGCAUUCACCGCAUCCUGAAGCGUAUGCAUGAGAAGAUGGCAACUGCGCUCCCGGUCUGACUCACCUCUGGCCUCCGUACUAGUGUACCCUGCGAGAUUGAUGAGUGUUGUAGCAGCUGCCCUGAUAGCCUGACCAUGUCUAACUUUGGACGGUGAGAGCACGUGCCAUGCCAACCAGACACUUAGAUACUCUGACCCCAAAAUCUCCAUUUCACCAGCUGGGGCCCUGCACUAUAGAACCAAGACACUCGAGUUCAAGCUGAAUUUUACAGAUACUUCCCUCCUAAUGUCUGUCUGGAACAUGUUUUGCAAUUAUUAUAGGACUUUCAAUAAGUUAUCUAUGAUGACAUUUUAUGAAGGGCUUCAAUAAAGAAGAAAAGGGGAACUAUCUCCAAUAGUGGGACGUUAAGUAAUCAAACGAUCCUAAUUUAUAAUAUUUGGCAAAAGUUUUGGGGGCAAAAACUAAGAUUUUCUUCUGGCAGCAGAUUGUUCCAACCACGAUGAAAGGGACUUAAUGAGAAUUAGAAAUGUGCCAGACAGGAUAUCAUGUGGGUUCUGGCAACAGAGAAGGCAGUGAGUUCUUUCAAAGGCAACAUAGCCACUGUGGGCUGAAUGGUCUGUAUUGUCAGAUUCUGUAACCUAGGUUGAAUCUAUCAACUUUGAAAUUAUUAACCACAGUUGCAAUUUUAAAAUAUUGGUAGUAUUUCUUAUUCAAAAAUAAAUAUUAGAGGAAAAGGUAUUUGUGCAGGUGAAUUUCCGCUGGAAAACUUCGGCCAAUUUUCAGAGAGAGAAUUACCCCAAUAUAGAAUUGAACUGUUAGACUAGUGUUAAAUGUUUAAGCACUUGCUUACAUUUCAGAAAGAACAGGCCAAAUUAUAGAAGUGAUGCAACGGACAGGAAAAACCCAGCAAAGAGUUUCUAGUCCCUAUGAUGUUGUCCAAACAAUAAUGAGGGACUGUUUUGAACACUUCAGUCAGACCCAGGUAUCAGAGAGUUGAAGAGCAAAGCCAUUUUAGUCCAGGAUAUUGAACAGAGUAUAGUUUUGUUAAUUCCCUGUUAUCCUUACACGGGAUGUGUCCGGCAUUCAUUGGCCGGCCCUCCUUACCUCCGAACUAACCAGUUGUUACACUUUGUUACACAAAGUCGGCUGCAUUGAUGUUGGUCUGGCGUUAUGUAUUCACCAGACUAGAAUUUCAUUCCCAAAGAAGGAGGACACAAGUAAUGAUUUAUUUUAUUUAGAGAUGCAGCACUGUAACAGGCCCUUGGGGCCCAUUGAGCCCACACCACCCAAUUAUACCCAUGUGACCAUUAACCUUCGUCUUUGGACUGUGGGAGGAAACCGGAGCUCCUGGAGAAAACCCAAGCAGUCACAGAUUCCUAACGGACGGCGGCAGGAAUCUUUCAGAUUUUGUAAUCUCAAAGUUACCACUAGUGAAAUUAGAUUUGUAAUGAAUGGAAGUUAAAUUCCCCAGAGCAGAAUUUGAACUCCUGCACCAAUACUCCAGGUCACUGAUUACUCACCUGUGUGAAGGUACCAUUUUGCCCUGUUUCCCAGAUAGAUUGUUUUUUCAGAUUUCCUUUGCUUUGUUGGUCACCCAAAGUAGCUUCUCAUCCUCGCAAGCCACUCAUGACUUAGAGAUAGCAGUCAGAUUGAGUGAUGGAUCACUUGACUGCCUGAGGGUCCCCAAGACUGGACCUCUACAUUAUUAAUAAGAGGUUUAUAUAUAGAAGGAAUAGGCAGACAACACAGCAACACAGCAGCUAUUAGAGUUCACCUUCUCUACAACAGUACUGUGUUUAAGAAAAAGAAAUUAAAUCAUAUGGAAAUCAUUUGCCUUCCUUUCAACAAUAAGGUGUUGUGGACACAAAAGGAAACCGUGGCUUGCAGAGUGUCUGGGGAAAAAGAGCCUCUACAACUUGACCGUUCCCAUUGAUUCCACUUGUGAAUAGCUGUAUUUAUUUGUGCCGCGACUGAGUGCAGCAAUUAGCAUGAAAGCUCGACUUGCACCAGGAUUCCACAGGCGCUCUGCCUGUUAAAGAGCAGAGUCUGCUGAGUAAACGUGUAGACAUUCUCUAGAGAUUGCGUAGCUGGUGACAGAGGAAGAAUCACAACUCCAACCCAACCGGUAGCCUCUGUAUGAAACAAGCUCUGUAAAAUGAGAGUGUUAUCCACUGUGCGAUGAACUUUCAACGUUCUCUGCUGAGUGCUAUACACAUUAUUGGCUUAACAGAUCCCUCCAUGCACACUGGGUGCGAGAGGCCACAUGGAAAUGUACAUCGGUUUAUUACUGUAAAUGUACCGAGGUACAGUGAAAAACUUUGUUUUGCACGCUGACCAUCAGGUCAGUUCACGGCAUCAGUACGUAGAGAUAGCACAAGAGAAAGGCUUAGAAUUUAGCUGUUGGAGAGUAAAACGAUUAUAAUAAAAGAUAUGAGUAGAUCUGUAGAAAGCGGCUUGAUGCACCACAUAUCUUCGAGAUUGCCUGCAGCAAGUUACUUCAUUUAAUGCAAUGCAGCAUAGUUCUCUAGUGUGUCAAUUUCUGAUUUACAGAGGUAGUUUGCUAAAGACUACAGUACAUGUUUCCCUGAUUUUGUUGCUUCAAGUGUUUGGAUCAAUUUUAUGUUGAGGAUUUGUACUAUGUAAUAAUCCUCCAUUUAUGGCACCUUGCUCUAAAAAUAAGCCUGCCUUUACAGGAGGGUGCUGUUUCAGUUUCUAUCAGGAGUUCUGUGUCCUGACUCUGUGGAAUUCUGGAAUCGCAAUUGGUUUAUUGUUGUCAUAUAUACCGAGGUAGAGUGAAAAACUUGUCUUGCAUACUGUGAUACGGAUCAAUUCAUUGCAUUGAGGCAGUACAACGUAAAGCAAUAAUAGAACGCAAGAUAAGGUGUAGCAACUACAGAGAGAGCCAUCACAGUUUUGUAGGAAACUGAACAAUCAAUUCACGUGUGGCAAAUUCCCAGAAGGAGAACAUACUAAUGGCCAGUUAAUUUCUUUUUUUCAGUGAUGUUGUUUGAGAGGUAAUUAAGGAAAUAUCCCUGUCAUAUUUCUUUGGAAUAACUAUUUUGGGAUCUGUUAUGUCUACCCAAGUGCUUUUGGUUUAACAUUUCCAAAGAGCAGCAGCAUCUCAGUGCUGCAACAAAGUGUCUUCUUAGCUCUCUGUGCUUGAGUAGAACUUAAAAAUAUGAUCUUCCAAGUGAGAGAUGGAGGUACAGCUGUACUUUGCACAGUGUUGUCCUCCAUACCCAACAAGGUGUUGGCUUAGGCAAUUCAGCUGUGUAGGCUAGAAAUCUAAAGACAACAGAAAAGUAUUUCUCUGAGUGGAGAUGACCUUUGCAAUGAAGAGAGGGGAUGGAUUCACAAGUCCUGACGCAAGGUUUCAAACCAAAAUGUUGACAGUUCCUUUCCUCCCAUGAAUGCUGCUUGAACUGCUGAGUUCUUCCAGCAGAUAGUUUGUUCCUCCAUUCGGAAUGAUGGCGCUGUCUUGUGGGUUAUUCUGCUUCUCCCUACCGCAUCCUUCUGAGAAUACACAGCACGUUGAUUCAGUAGUGACAGAUCUGAGUUACAGAGUGCUUCACUCACCUCACUACAAUUUAAAUACGUGCAAGAGUAAAGACGCUCUGCUCUACACUACUAAUGACUGUGCUUCAGACCCAUUGCAAAGAAGUAUAUUACCUAGACAGGACAGGAGGCAGACAACAGGAUUAUGUUAUCGACUGGAUUGCAGUAUGGUUAUAGCACUGCCAUCAGUCUUCAGCCAAGUACAGCAAAUUCCUUAACAUAAACCAAAUCUACUCAGAACUGUGGCUGCACGUAGUACAGGAUGAGGAAGAGAGCACGGUAGCGCAGUUCUCUCAGUCUGCAAAGUGGGGAGAGUAUGGAUAUCAGACUAAGCCCUCUGCACAUUUCAUCUGUUUCUAAAGGCUAAAUUUUUCAGCUUAGGCAGAUUUUGCUGCCACCUCUCCAGGUUUAACUGCACGCUUCCUCUUCUAUUUAGAGCCAGUUUCAACACAAACCAUUGGUCAUUUUGGACUGAGAUAAGAGAAGGUUCUUCACUCGUUGGCUCAGAUUUUACAGGGAUGUACCAGCCAGUCUGUAUGGACUGACUGGCAAUUCUCAGCAAAAGUAUUGGCAAACUCAGCAUUCCUAUUGCAAAUGCAGAAGGCCCUAAACCCCAGCCAAGUUCCACCUCCUGUCUGGACUCUGUGUGGUGUUAAUGCUACAGAACUCUUUAGGCAGUGGGCCAUGAUCUUAGACACUGCACCAGGUUACACCUGCUAUUUAAUCAGAAUGAGAUUUUUUCAAGUUGAAUAAAAGCAGGAAUAAGCUAUGCUUAGUUAAUGAUAUAAUAUUUUUCUUUGUUCAAAAGCAUUUCUGGUGAUUUUAUUUUUUAAAUUUCUAAUAUUAGAAAUCAAUUGGUUUAUUUUGUAAGUUUCUAAAUGUUUCUGAAUGUCAGGGGAUUGCAAGGCUUUGAGGAAUCUUAAUGACUUUGACAGGCAGCAAGCCGGGGGACAAGACUUUCCCGUCAAGCAAUGUUUUGUGGGCAGGGUAUACCCUAACCCACAUUGCACCUGGUCCUUGUACAAUCCAAAGCCUUGCUGUUCAACUCUAGGAUGAAAUCUGCCUGCAAGAUUAACUAUCCAUUCACACCUCUGUGUAAUUUAUACAUUAUUUGAUAAUAAACGUACUUUGAAACUUUGAAACCUAUAUUCGAUGUAUACUGAGAAAUAUACACUCUCGAGCACUGAUCAAUGGAAGAUGGGAGGGAGACGUGGUGUCAUGAGUCAGAUGUGCUCUUACUGAAAACUUGCAGGCCCAUGUGACACAUUCCUGCCUCUGUUUUUAAUCUCACUUAUUCUUUAAUUACAGUGCACUGGGUGCUUUAUUCUUACAUGAAUCUUACUGAAUUAUACAGCAGGACAGUUUAUUGCUACUUGGGCACUCCAAGUUGUGGCAAUUAGCUUUUCAUUAUAGUAAAUGCAACUCCUUACUCUUCUGAUGAACACAAUGAAGAUAUGACCAACACGUUGACCUGUAAUGUAAGGGAUUAUGGGCUCAUUCAUGAUUAAAAUUAAUUGGUGACUUUGCAACUGAACCACCAGUUUCAAUAUCUUCAUUUCAUACUGUAACACGAUACUUAUUUAAAAAUUGUCAAACUUUAUAGUAAAACUGUCAACACAAAUUGGAUUUGAUUUUUCAAAGGCUUA